CUUUAAAUCCCCAUUCCCUCCCCCAGUAAAUCAUCGUUACCGAACUGUCAAUUGUAAUCCAUUACAUCCGAGGAAGACACUUCAAGUGGACGGACCACUUCAAACUGCAAACCGGGGAGGCACCCAAAGAUGGGUUGAAAAUUGGACAUUAUUUUCUGUUCCGUCGCCGUACUGUAGGUCUCGCUAAAUUUCUGCUGGGAAAUACCUUCACUUCGGCUCUAAGUGGUGCUGUUGUAUCAGUUGUCUGCAGCGGUUUCUGUAGCCUCAGCUAUUUCUAAAUAUACAGGGCGAGAGAGUUAGGGGAUUAUUCAGCUCGGAGACGGCUCCUCACAGCAAGCAGGAGUGGCUGCGUCUGUGUGCUUCGGAGUCACUGCAAACAUGGCUGCGCAGGAUGAGCUCAGCAGAUCAGCUGGAGCGCGUCUUCCUUUGCCUGGGGCACGCAGAGACGGACGAGCAGCUGCAGAACGUCAUAUCCAAGUUCCUGCCCCCUGUGCUGCUGAAGCUGUCCAGCACUCAGGAAGGUGUGAGGAAAAAAGUGAUGGAGCUGCUGGUUCACCUCAACAAGCGCAUUAAGAGCCGACCUAAAAUCCAGCUGCCGGUGGAGACCUUGCUGGUGCAGUACCAGGACCCUGCGGCCGCUUCCUUUGUGACAAAUUUCACCAUAAUUUACAUCAAGAUGGGUUACCCCCGCCUGGAUGUGGAAAAACAGUGCGAGCUGGCCCCUACUCUGCUGACUGCCAUGGAGGGAAAGCCACAGCCACAGCAAGAUGGCUUAAUGCAUCUCCUGAUCCCCACAUUGUUCCACAUGAAGUAUCCAUCAGAGCCAUCCAAAACUGCCUCUCCAUUCAUCCUUGUUGAGAAGCCAAAGACCGUGCACCUGCUCUUAGAUUUCAUGUUAGAUGUGUUGCUUAUGCCUUACGGGUUCGUGCUCAAUGAGCCCCAGAGCCGCCCGGCUCCGGCUUCCCCCCAGGGCUCGGUGGCCAGCGGGAGCAGUUCGGGCCCUGGGCUGCCCCAGCCACCGCCUGGCAUGAGCCUCUACGCGGCGAAGCGCGUCAUCGGAGAGACGCCCUGGACCCCAGAGCAGCUCGAACAGUGUAAGCUGGGCAUAGUGAGGUUCAUAGAAGCAGAGCAGGUCCCUGAGGUGGAGGCAGUGGUGCACUUAGUGAUCGCGUCAAGUGACACUCGGCACAGCGUCGCCACCGCCGCCGACCUGGAGCUGAAAAGCAAACAGAGCAUAAUUGACUGGAACAAUCCCUCAAUAAUUAACAAGAUGUAUAAGGUGUAUCUUGGGGAUAUUCCACUUAAAACAAAAGAGGGUGUUGCACUGAAACCAGAGAUGAAACGGGAGCCGGUCAGUACGAGGGUCAAACUGAAGAUCCUUCCUCACCUUCUCCGUUCCCAGCUCGCUGCAGAGACCUUUCCAGCUAACAUUCAGGUUGUUUAUGAUGGACUGUUUGGAGCCAAUACAAAUAACAAAUUGAGAUCAUUGUCCUUGCAGUUUGUACAUCACAUUUGUGUUGUGUGUCCAGACAAUAAUAAACCUCUUGGUCUUAUGCUGCUCAAUGGCUUAACGAAGCUCAUUAAUGAAUAUAAAGAGGAUCCCAAAUUGCUAUGUGUAGCCUAUUCAGCUGUGGGAAAGCUGUCAAGCCGUAUGCCUCAGCUCUUCACGAAGGAUAUAGCUCUUGCCCAGCAGUUUUUCGAAGCCAUGUGUAAGGAAGAUGCUGAGGUCAGGCUGGCCAUUCAGGAAGCUCUGUCGAUGAUGGUGGGAGCUUAUACAUCUUUGAAGGGGGCGCUGCUAAAUGUCAUGGAAGCUCUUGUUGCUGCUUACAUGGGAAAGCCUGAGGUGCAAGUCCGACAGGUGGCAAUGAAAUUUGCAAGCACAGUGUUUGCUCCUGACCACGUACCUUCCAGAUACCUUCUCCUGCUGGCCGCUGGAGACCCACGAGAAGAGGUACACGGUGAAGCCCAGCGUGUUCUCAGAGCUCUUCCUGCCAAGGCUACGGAGAAAGAGGGAUCCAGGCCCAUGCCCUCUUUCCCAGACAUGGUCAGCUACAUACAGGAGAAGGCUUCACAGAGAAUGAAAACUCCUGCCAAGUAUAUUGUUGGUACAACUGCUCUUCCUUUUAACCCUUCUGCAUUUGGAGAGAUUAUCUUGUACCUACGAAUGUGCCUUGCUUAUAGUGCGGGGGUGACUCCCACCUCCCAGAGUCUGGCCGACAUGCAGGACAGCACCCCAGCCAUCGCGCGGUAUGUGCAGAGCCUGCUGUCCGAAGAGCAGCUAUCCAGCUCCUCCCCCAAGGCCGCGGACACCAACCCUGUGCAGGUGUACAUCGAUUUACUCCAGCAGCUGCUGUCGGCCAUCGGCGGAGUUCCAGUGAUGUACUGCCUGUUAGAAGUGGUGUCUGUUUAUCCACAAAAACUUGCCCCUAAAUUCAUUGACAGAAUUGACUGGAUCAAGAGUCUAAUGAACACUAACAAGGAAGACAUGCGUGAACUAGCAGCCCAGCUCUAUGCUGUGGUUGUAUCCACCAUGUCUGGGAAUGAACUGAAGACAGCUGUGCAGAAUCUUGUCAAGAUCACAAAAGAUGCUCAUAAUCCAGAAACGCAGCAUGGAGCGAUUUUGGCUUUGGGUUACAUGGUUGGCCGAUACCUUAGAAAAAAGAAAAGCUUAGAUGACUUCCAAAACCUGGAACCAGCCAUGAGCGCAAGCCUGGGAGAAGAUGAUGAACUGAUCCGUUCUGCCACAAAAACUAUCGGGUCGUUCCUGGACAGCAGCUCUCCGCUUCUGAGCAUCGCUGCCUGCACUGCCCUGGGUGAGAUCGGGAGGAACGGCCCCCUGUUGAUACCCAGUGAAGGCUCCGACUUCACAAAGCUGCACAUGGUGGAAAACCUGCUGGCCCGCAUACCAUCUGGCAAAGAGAGCUCUAAGAUGAAGGAACGUGCCAUACAGACGCUUGGGUAUUUCCCAGUCGGUGAUGGAGAGUUUCCUCAUCAGAAGAAACUGCUUCAAGGCCUAAUGGACUCAGUGGAGGCCAAGCAGGUGGAGCUGCAGUUCACCGUCGGGGAGGCCAUAACCAGCGCCGCCGUGGGGACCAGCUCUGUGGCCGCUCGAGACGUGUGGACCUCAAGCGAGGAGGAGUACACCCCGCCAGCCAAUGCCAAGUCAAACGAUGUGGUUCCCUGGGUUUUGAACACCAUCCUCAGCAAGCACAUCGCCAGCUCCAACCCACACGUGCGCCAGGCCGCUUGCAUCUGGCUGCUCUCCCUGGUGAAGAAGCUCAGCCACCACAAGGAGAUCAAGUCCCAUUUGAAAGAAAUCCAGAGUGCAUUUAUCUCAAUCCUGUCUGAUCCCGAUGAACUGAGCCAGGAUGUGGCCUCCAAAGGCCUGGGCCUGGUAUAUGAACUGGGCAGCGAACAGGACCAGCAGGAGCUGGUCUCUACACUGGUGGAGACACUGAUGACGGGGAAGAGGGUCAAACACGCCGUCUCGGAAGACACUGAGGUUUUCCAGGGAGGCGCGCUGGGGAAAGCACCAGACGGUCAGUCCUUAUCUACCUACAAAGAGCUGUGUUCUCUGGCCAGUGACCUUAACCAGCCCGACUUAGUCUACAAGUUCAUGAACCUGGCUAAUCAUCACGCCAUGUGGAACUCCAGAAAGGGUGCUGCCUUUGGCUUCAACAUGAUAGCCACAAAAGCUGGAGAACAACUGGCUCCAUAUUUAUCUCAGCUGGUCCCCCGUCUGUACCGGUACCAGUUCGAUCCAAAUCUCGCCAUCCGACAAGCCAUGACCAGCAUUUGGGAUGCUCUCGUCACAGACAAAACAACUGUGGAUAAAUACCUAAAGGAAAUUCUUCAGGAUGUGAUCUCCAACCUAACCAGUAAUAUGUGGAGAGUCCGCGAAUCAAGCUGCUUGGCCCUGAAUGAUUUAAUACGUGGAAGACAGCUGGAUGACAUCAUUGACCAAAUCCCAGAAAUGUGGGAGACCUUGUUCAGAGUGCGGGAUGACAUCAAGGAAUCGGUUCGGAAGGCAGCUGAUCUAGCUCUCAAGACCCUCAGUAAGGUGUGCGUGCGGAUGUGCGAGUCGUCCAGCGCCGCGGCCCAGCGGACAGUCGCAGUCCUCCUGCCCUGCCUGCUGGACAAAGGAAUCAUGAGCAAUGUGUCGGAGGUCCGGGCCCUCAGCAUUCAGACGCUGGUGAAGAUCAGUAAGAGUGCUGGCUGCCGGCUGAAGCCCCAUGCUCCCAAACUGAUACCUGCCCUGCUGGAGUCUCUCAGUGUGCUGGAGCCGCAGGUCCUGAACUACCUGAGUCUGCGGGCCACAGAGCAAGAAAAGACAGCAAUGGACACAGCAAGACUCAGUGCAGCUAAGUCUUCGCCAAUGAUGGAAACCAUCAACAUGUGCCUGCAGCACUUAGACGUGUCCGUUCUAGGAGAGCUCAUACCAAAGCUGUGUGACCUGCUGAAGAGCGGAGUUGGUCUGGGCACAAAGGGAGGCUGUGCCAGUGUUAUUGUUUCACUGACUAUCCAGUGCCCUCAAGACUUAACACCGCAUGCAGGUAAACUGAUGAGUGCUUUGCUGAACGGACUAAAUGACCGAAGUAGUGUUGUUCAGAAAUCGUUUGCCUUUGCGCUGGGACAUUUAGUUCGGACUGCAAAAGACAGUAGCGUGGAGAAACUUCUGCAGAAGCUCAAUACCUGGUACUUGGAGAAAGAAGAGCCCAUUUAUAAAUCUUCCUGUGCAUUAACGUUGCAUGCCAUUGGGCACUACAGUCCUGACGUGCUGAAGAACCACGCUGUUCAGGCAUUACCUCUGGCCUUUCUGGGGAUGCAUGAAGUUCCCGAUGAGGAGAAAGGAGAGAACACAGACUCCAACCUCUGGUCAGAGGUCUGGCAGGACAAUGUUCCUGGAAGCUUCGGCGGCAUUCGGCUGUACAUGACAGAGCUGAUAGCCAUCACCCAGAGAGCCCUGCAGUCCCAGUCCUGGAAGAUGAAAGCGCAGGGGGCAGCGGCUAUGGCCUCCAUCGCCAAGCAGCAGACGGGCUCCCUGGUGGCGCCUUACCUGGGGAUGGUGUUGGGCGCACUGCUGCAGGGGCUCGCAGGGAGGACCUGGACAGGAAAGGAGGAAUUGCUGAAGGCAGUUGGAUCUGUGGUGUCUGCAUGCAGUGGAGAGCUCCAAAAGCCCACGCCGGGCCAGCCCAGUAUCCCGGAGGUCAUCGAGCUGGUGCUGAAGGAGUGCCGCAAGGAGAACCUCCGCUACAAGAUGGUGGCUCUUAAAUGCACAGGAGACGUCCUGGCCGCCACCCAGGAGGACCGCUUCCAGGAGCUCGCCAAUAUUCUGAUCCCGCUGGUCAAGAAGAAUUCGCCCAGCAGUGGACUGUCCCAGAAGGACAUGGAGGAGGAAGAGGAUGAGGCUGAUGAGAAAGAGAAGGAGCUGCAGACCGAGGCAUUGCUGUGUGCCUUUGAGACACUUGGCAAGGCCUGGCCUAAGAAUCCAGCCACACAGGGGCUGUACCAGAUAGAGCUGUGCCAGCUGAUGUGUGAGAGACUGAAGCUCAGUACUUGGAGAGUACAGCUCGGAGUCCUCCAGUCCAUGAAUGCGUUUUUCCAGGGGUUGUUACUUUUGACAAAGGAUCAUCAAGAUUCCACUGUGUUGUCAGAAAUCCUGACAGAGACUUGCACGGCAAUCACAUUUCCAUUAGAAAACAAGAGCUAUUCCUCUGUGAGGACAGAAGCUUUAGCCAUUGUGGAACUACUGAUAAAGAAGCUGAAUGAGAACGACCAGUGGGGAAACUUGACCGCCAAGAGCAGAGACCAGCUCGUGAACUCGCUCACAACUAUGGAGUCGGACAGCAGGCCAGAGCUGAAGGAGAAGUCGGCAGAGCUCAGAAAAGAAAUAAAGAGCCACUGCUGAACCACAGUCCUGACCGUCUCCCUUUCAAUCUGGAGUUCCUCUCGACAUGCAGAUUUGCUCUUAUUCCUCAGCACAUGGCUCAGAAGACUCCAUUGCUACGUGCCUGAUUUGUGUCGGGUUUUCCUCAGCUAAAAUUGCAGGCGCAGAAGUUUUGCUAUUAAUAUUUGAUGUACCCACGUAUGUAAAAAAAGUUCAAUGCUGUGAGUAAAAAAAUAAAUAAAAUUAAUGGCUUAUAACAAGAGACUAUUUUCUAGAAAUUCCAAGAUCUUGGAUAAUUUAAAACCAAACAGCUGUUUGUAACACCUAAGAGAUGAUAGCUGUCUUGGAGAAUUGAGACAUGAAGUGCACUAUGGGUGUCCAGUACAGACAGCCAUGUCAAUUUCAGUACAGAUUACAUUCAGUGUGGUCCAGUGUAAGUACAGCUACCCUGUCAUAUGCACAGUAUUUAGUUUACUGUGGGCCCAACUGUAACUGAAUGUAUCUAUACUGAUCAAAUUGUCAUUUUUAAUCAAUGAACAAAUUGAAUUGUGGAUCGAAUUGCCAUAUUUAAUAGUUAUUGCACUGUGUUCAUUUUAAACACUGUAUUGUGCCCAUUGAUGGGCAUGUGUUGCUGCUGCAGUUUGCCACUUUUAACUGCUUUCUCGUAGGGGAGAGUGCUGGGAAAGGCCAGCAGUUCGGUUAAUGAUCUGUUCAGGAAAGACGUUAGUGCAUUGUCUCUUGGAAAAAAUGCUCCUUCACUUUGCAUGUUUUAAAGGUGUGUGGUAAAAAUGAAUUUUCCAAAAUAAAAACAAAGUAACCAUACCAAAGUUGGUAAAUAGAAGAGGCAUGCACUACCUUUUUGAAUUUCCCUCUUGUGAAUUUGUCCUUAAAUCAGAUGUAUGAAUAAAAUUGCUUUAUUGUGA